AUAAAAGACGAUAAAAAAAAGCAUAAUACAAUAAUUUCAUAAGAACUUCAAUAUCGUAUAUACAUAAUCACGUUGCAUAUUUAAUUAUAGUUGUACAAUGUGAUGCCACUAGAUGUUGAUGCCAUUGUUCGAGAACUCUAAAAGUGUUACUAAAAAUAUUGCCGAAUAUAAUGGCGCAUUGUUCCAGCAAUGGCGAAAAUAGUAGGCCAACAACACCGUCAGAAGAAGAUUGCUGUCAUAAUGCAUGUGAUCCUUGUAUCUUUGACGUUCAUGAAAAGUUACUAGAAGAAUAUGAAAGAAGAAAAAAACAAAAUAUAAAAGUACAAAAUAGAAAAAAUUUGUUGUGCUCAUUUUCAUACAAAAAUUUUGUUGUCAUUAAUAUAAAGGAAACUUCGGAAUGUUACAUUCAACUUCUUUUAAAAUAUGAAGAAAACAAAUCGAAAAACAAUAUAAGUUUAUUAAUUAAUCCAGGGCAGCAUGUUAUGUUAAAUUUACAGGAUAAGACCAAACCAUUCACACCAAUUUUUUGGACAGAGGACAGCAUUCAAUUUUUAAUUAGGCUUUACCACAAUGGAAAGUUUAGUACAUAUUUAAGGGAUAUAAAAGUAGGCGAUAAAAUUCGUGUCAGAGGACCAUAUGGGAACUUUGAAUACAAAAGUAACAGUUUUCAGAAUAUAAUUAUGUUUAGUAUGGGGUCUGGAAUAACAGCAGUUUAUCCUAUAGCAAAAUCAAUUAUAGAUAAUGAACUUGAAGAAACAAAGAUUCAUCUUAUUUGGGGAUUUCAUAAUAUAUUACAGAUACCUUUAAAAAAAGAACUACAAAUCUUAUCAGAUUAUUGGAAUUUCAAAUGUACAUUAUAUAUAUCACAAUUGCACUUUUCAGAUUUCGAUCCGAACCCGAAAGAAAAUACUCGAACCAGAAAUUUCUGGUACCCGAACACCCUUGAUGACGAUGUUCACAAUCUUCAUGGUAUAAAUAUACAGUUCGGUCGAUUAAACAAUGCAUCAGUUUCUAAACUACUUGAAGAUAAUAUAAACAAUACAACAUUAAUCUUAAUAUGUGGUACUUACGAAUUCAAUAGGUCUAUUGAACAGUGUUCCAGGUCCAUGAAUUAUACACAUAUACAUGUGUUUGAAUGAUAUGUUAACGAAAGAAUUGUUAGAUUGAUUAAUAUUUAAUAUGUAACUUAUUUUGAAUAAAUUUAAUGUAAAUAAAUUCAUGGGUUUAUGCAACACGAUAUACUUUCCUG